GGGGCGGAACUCAACCGAUUCUGGAAGGCGGCAAAUUGCAGUUUUUGUUUUGGUCCCAAAGGCUUAGCGGGGCUUGUCGCGGUUUAGAAAGAUAAAGGAGAAGGGAUCGCGGCGGUGACCGAGAUAAGUGCCUCGUUUGUAUUAUAGACUUGGAGGUGGGGGACCUUUUCUGCCAUAGGGGCCCAGAGCAUGAUUGGGAUGAUUUGUCCUUAUGUGAACGGGAGCCAGAAAGCCUUGAGAACUUUGAACUAAGCAGUGGUUUCAACCUUGACACGGAUGUGGCACAGGAGAAAAUGGAAGUAGACUUGGAGCUGCCGCCGAAUUCCACCGCCACAGAUGGCAACGCCCUAAGACCCAACAGCGCCCCUGUGAUCAAUGGAUUUGGUGAUAAUUCACAGGUAUUCCAAGCUGACACAUUAACAGUGAAAAGAAACAGCACAACAUUUAUAAGCCGGCAUGGCCUGUUGUUCCUACCUUCUCCUAUUCGUACUUCUGCCAGUCGCCUGCAUCAAAUCAAACAGGAAGAAGGCAUGGAUGUAGUAAAUAGAGAAGCAAUGCAUGAACGGGAGAUACACACUGCGAUACAGAUAAGUCAGUCUUGGGAAGAAAGUCUAAACCUGAAUGACCAUGAUCUGGAGAAACCAUCCUCUAUAAAGAGCAUUGAUCUAAUCCCAGUACCCCAAGCAGCUUCUCUCACCAAAUGGAUUGGGAAAAAGUCACAGGCCCACCAACACUGUUAAAACAGAUAUCCUUGGAGCAGAAAAAAGAAAAGGUAAAAUUACUUGAUGAUCAAAGAGAUUUUCAAAAGACGUUACCAACAUACAUCCUGUGACACUUCCCAGUUGUCAGCAAAAAGUGUAUGUUUUAGAAUCCAUUGAUGGCUAUUGACAACUUUGACCAACCAGAAGCUGCCAUUCUAAGCAAAAGAACUCAUCCUUUCGGCAGGACUCAUUUAAUCACUGGACAGCUGUUAUGCCAGAAACUAUAUCAGGAGAUGAGCAGCGAUACAAAGAUAAAGUAAUGCUUAGGCCCUCCCCUCAAGAAGUUCAAGUUUAACUGGUGAGAUGAAAAUAAUAACACUAUCUCUAUUAUAAUGCAUACCAUUUUGUAUAAAAAGUACUAAGGAGUCAGAAGACCACAGGAAUAAUUCCACCUUGAAGAGAGACCAGGAGAUGGCACGUGAGGUGGCCUUUAGCGAAAGGAUGGGUACUAUGGAAUUAAAUUGACCAAAUUAUGUUCUGUGGAUGAAUGUAUAUGCGACAAUGAAUCCCAUUAAUAUGUAUGAUUAAUGCACCAAUUUAUAAAAAUUUUAAAAGACACCCCUCCCAAAGCAAAGAAAGAAAAGAUAGGUAUACACUUAAGUGUUGAGAGGAAGGUAUUUCAGACAAAUAAACAGGCACUGAAUCUACAGAUAGUCUCAGAUAAUCAGUCUACUUUAUAUCCAUAUAUACUUUAUUACAUAUAUAUAGUUCAUAACUGUCAAAAUUGUUUCUGGUUUUUGUUUUGACUGAGCUAAUAGUGUCUAUUGACAUUUUUGUUAUUAAUAACAUCUAACAUUUGUAUAAUUCAUAAUAUUACAAAUUCUUUAUUACUUACAUAGACUGCAUGAUUAAUAAGCUCUUAGAUAGCACUUAUUGUAGGCCAGGCAAUGUUCUAAGUAUUUGUUGUUGUUGUUUAAUUAUGAAGACACCAGACUGAAUGUGGGGGAAGGUCAGCAGGUCUCCUAGUCUAGAAUUCCUUCCCAUUACACUAAACU